AUUUUUCCUAGCUUGAAAGGUACCGGUGAAUAUCAUAACUACCUCUGUACAUCUGAGCGAAGUCGGUUUUGGACUGGACUCUCGCACCUCCGUAUCCGCGAGCCCCAGUGCAUGGAUAGAUUUUGUUGGGUCCGCUCGGGCCGCUCGUUCUGCGACUGCCUGACGUCAAAUUCAUUACAACCUAUAAUGUGUAUACACGAGAAAAAUAAAAACCGCGCCGCUGAUAUAUCUGGCUUACACAUCUAUUCGAAAUCUCUUCUCUUUCGCGCAGAUCUAUCCGCGCAUAUUCUAGAUGCGAAAGAACUGGGCGCGACGAUAAACGAGGGUGAGAAAAGCAUAAUUAAUUCAAUCACGGAGGAGGACGCGGAACGCAUGGAAAUCAUCAGCGAUGGAAAGAGCGUCGAGCGUGCGUGCGAUAUGAUGUAAAAGUGCGCGAGGAAAAUUUUCGAAAUCCUCGCCGAGAGAUGAAAGGACGAGGGAGAAAAAAAAAUACGCGUAUACAAUCCUCGCGCUCUUGCAUUGCGAAACUCGCACGCACUCGAGCUACGGCUUUUAACGCGGCGCGCGCUCGCCUUUUAUGAAUAUUCAAGCGCCGCGCGCAGAGCCGCGAUUUACAAUAUUAUCGAACUGUUAUAAGAAAAAUGCUUUUUACCUCGCGACUCUACGUAUAUUCGCGCGCACGAUUGGCUUGUAACUCAUAUAGGCGAGAAAGAGUGGGCAGGUCUUUAUUGGCUCGGAGGAUAAUGCACAUUUGCAUAACUUUUAGUAUUUUUUAUUUACUUCGCUAUGCGGGUCAAGUAUUACUUUAACGCGACGAUCGUUUUUUUUUUUCGUCGAAAAUAUAUGACCGCGGUUAUACAUAGUAUAUGGUAGCAUCGCGAGCGAUUGCGGUGUCGAUUAUUAUCGAAGCGUGUGGUGUACACGGUUGAAAGAGACACGGGAAAAAAAGGACGUGGUCGCGGGAUGGAUUCCACAUACGAGCACGGGUUAUCUUCCUGCGUGCGGUAUAUAGUGUGCCGGCAACUAGCAUAUUACAGAUAUAUAUCAUCUGCGGUCUGUCAGAUAUAUAUCACCUGGAAAAGUCUGGGAAGAGCUUCUCGAAAAAAAAAAACUGGAAACUCGCGGCGAGCCUGCUCGAUAAUUUUCGAAAACGCCGGCGAUCGUAUGCGCGCGGCUACGAGUGUAUAUAAAUCAAAGAGGUAUUUUCGUUGCCGCCAAGAGGCUCGUAUAUUAUACGUGUAUUAGUAAAUUAGCUCUCGAGCGCGAUCCGAAAUUUGAAGGAAAAAUCCGUCCCCGAUUUUCCCCGAAGCAAUCUCCGCGAUUGGCGGAAAACAGCCGGCGCCGUCUAUUUCCGAUUAGUUUAAACACCCGUCCAGUCUCUAACCAAGCCAAUCUCUCGGCGACGAUAACACGCACGAGCGUCCUUCCUGUGUACACAACGUCGUUUAUACCUAUUCCGAGUCCGAAGAAUCGAGUCUUCUCGAAAACGGAGUGAGAGUAUAAAUUUGAAAAAAUCGAGCCUCUACACGUAGACGAAAGGGUUUCGCGUCGGCAUAUAAUUGGAUUAGGAAGCCAAUAUCGAAGCUAUUGAUUGAAGCUCUCUCGCGGAGUCUAAAAUUGUUCUCUCGCACGCGGCGAGACGAGUAUUAUUCUGAAAUAACUACUUAUUCGCGAAAUUGUCAGCGCUUCGGAGCGAAGUCGCGCGGCAACGGCGGCGGCAGCUUUGUUGCUGUUCCGCAUUUCCUCUGCUCCGCGAACGAUCGUUUUUUGCCACUUCCCUCGCUCUCCCGACUUAUUAAUAGACGUUCUCGACGUUUGUUGUGUGUGUGUGUGCGUGUGCGUGUGUGUAUGUAUACGUGUAGCGAAAAACUGCACUUUUACUCAAUCGCGUUUCUCCGAAUUAGCCCGACAUUCGUCGGAUAUAUUCUACCUUUACUCGAUCCAGCGGGGAUUGAACCCACCUGUACAGCAAUCGAUAUUUCGACGAACCCUAACGACGUCAAAGGUGGCGUGAACAAAAAAAAAAAAUUCCAACUCAUCCGCAGAGCCGUGGACAAAAAAAAAGUCAUCUCCCUCGAAAAAAAUUAGCAUCCUCCCGAGGGGCGAUCGUCGGCAGUGCUCGGCCUGGCUGGAGAGUCACCUAUAGGGCGAGCGAGCGAGAGAGACGAAUCGCGGGGGUGGGGAGCGCACAGAGUGCGAGGGCAUCGGAGGGGCGGCCGGCUCUCUCUCUCUCUCUCUCUCUCUCUGUGCAUCGCUCUCGGUUAGGUACCCGAGAGAAGCUUCUCGUACCGCUGUCGUCUGCUGCUGCAGCGCAACAACGUUAGGCCCGACGCAGAAUGGGCUUUUUUCGAGCUGCGCGAAGUUUUCGAAAUUUUCGCUCGAUCCCUCCUUGCCCGAUGCUUCUUUAUACAGCGAGGCCUGCGGAUUGAUUUUCUUUUUUCUUUUCGCCUCGUCCCGGUUAGCGCACUCGGCCUCGGAUCGAUUCGAAAAACAAAGCCGAUGCACCAGAAGGUACUGCACGGACUGCGAUCCGGUGAUAACCGAAAUCGAACCCUAAUCCGAGCGCGCCGGGGGUUUCGUCUUUCUCUCGCCCGGCGAUCAGCUGUUCCGGCCGGGGAUUCGUUCACGUCGUAGCUCCGGAACUGCCCGAACGCUUCGGACGACUCCGUCUCGGCAAAAAGUCGGCUCCACUUGCUCGACUCGUCAUCUCGGUCUAGAGCGACUCGAAAAAGCGCUUUCUUCCUCCCAGGAACUACAGCUCGGAGGGCAGGGCGUUCUCUCGGCUUGGUUCGAUACGGCCCUGGUCGCCGCUCGUUCGCGACCGGCUGGCUCACGAGGCCGGCUCUCUUGCUCUCUCCAGCCGGCAACGACGGCGGCGGCGCGCUGUGCCGUGGCUAUUGACCGAAACUCUCUCUCCGUGUGCGAGUAUGGCGUUCGCUCGUUGCCAAGACCGGCCGGUCAGCUGUGUGCAGUGGAAAGAGAGAGAGAGAGAGAGACGGAGACUGCGAACUGCUGCCUCGCGCCUGCGUGUACGUGAGAGGCCAGCAGCAGCAGCAGCUCUUUCUCUUUGCGAGCGUGCGCUCUGGCGAUGAUGACUGCUGCACACGUGCGUUCCCUCUCGUACGUGUGUGUGUGUGUGUGUGUGUGUGAGAGAGAGAGAAAGAGAUCGCGCACCGCGGGUUCUAAAUCCCUCGGAGCUCCGAAAAAUAUUCUUCGGGUCUUUUAAUUCCGUGACGCCGGUUCGAUAUCCAGCGACGGGUUCAAAGUCCCCGACCCGGAGCAGGUAGCGUAACUUCGAAUUCUGGAAAGCGCGUCGGAAGCGAUGCACCUUCCUCUCGCGCCGGGACAAAGGGAAUUUUCGGGAAAGCCGGUGGAAAGCUAGCAGCAGCAGCAGCGCCGCCGCGAACAGCUGAGGGGGAACGGUCGAAAGCCGGCGGAGCGCGGAGGGGAAGCAGCUAGCGCUCGCUGUUACUAUACAGCAGUGUCUCUCUCUCUCUCCCGCUGUAUAAAAAGCUGGCACACGGACACACACACAGAGCCAGAGUCUCUCUCUCUCUCUCUCUCUCUUCGCGCAGUAGUAACAGCCGGAGCAGUGGAGGCGGCAGAGGAGGGGCGCCCUCGCCUCGUCUCACUUUGCGCUCUCGCGCUCGCACACACGUACAUGUAUAUAGCUAUAGGGGGCUUUGUGCCGUGUGCUGCGCGAUCUGGCUCUCGGCUUCUUUGUGUGAGCGCGAGCGCGGCGAGUGCGCGUGCGCGCGCGCGGCCGCUUUACUCUGCUCCGCUGCUGCUGCUGCUGCUGCUGCUGCUGCCGAGCGAGCUGGCGGCGGCGACGACCACGGCAGUUCCUCGCCUGGCGCACCGACCGACCGAUCGGCCCCGCGAGCGAGCUUUUCGCGUUCUCUCUCUGCUCUGCGCUCUGUGUGCGCAGCGACGGGUGCGUGCGUGUGUGCGUGUGCGCGAAAGACACGGACACAGAGACAGAGAGCCGAGAGUCGUAGCCGGCGACAACGACGGCCAUUUCGACCGCUAUGAGGAGGACGGACUGAGCGAGAAGCACCCGGUGCUUAUCGACCGGCGCACAGCUGCAUUACAGGCAAAGACCGGCCGGGCGGCAGAACAGAGGAGAUCGCCUCCCGGUGCGAGGCAGCGGAGAGACAGAGAGAGAGAGAGAGAGGAAGAGGCAGAGUCACAGCGAAAUUCGAGGGAGAGAAGAAGAGUCGAGCGGCGGGCCGCACAAAGGAGAGAGGACCGGCGAAGCUUCGAUCCGACCUUAUCGAUUUUGCGGCCCGAAAAGAAGAAGGGGAGCAGCAGCAGCAGCAGCAGCCGCGGAGAGAGGGAGGGUGUCUGUCUGUCUGUCGUGUGCGGACACCACACUACUCCUCCACGGGGAGACAGAGACUUUGCGGAAAUUGAAAACCGAAGGGAAGAUAGCUUAGGAGGAAAUUCGAACACGGCGCGCGUGCGUGUGGAAUACAUUUUCGACAAGAGAGCAGAGAGCCGAUUAGCGGCGACCUUGAGCCAGCCAGCCGAGCGAGCGAGCGAGCGGUAGUGGAGUCUCGCGCCGCGGGUCACCGAGCGAGUCGACUCCACAUCGCGCACACAGUGAGAGAGAGGGAGAGUGAAGGAUAAGGAGAGAGGACGGCGGGUCGGCUACUGGUUUUUGGCUUUCCAUACAGCGGAGAGCGUGUGUGUGUGUGUGUGUGUGUAAGUGUAAGUGAGGGAGUGCUCCACACACACGGGCAGGCGCGCGAUCCUAGUCUUCUCUCUCACUCGCUUACUCGGUUUUUCUGCUCGUCUAAGCGGGCGCCAAACCGGUUUCGAUUCGCUUCGGAUCUCUCGCCGAGGAACGAAUUUACGACUCGAGGAGGAGGAGGUGGAGGUGGUGGUGGUGGAGGAGGAGGAGGAGGAGGAGGAGGAGGAGCAGCAGUAGUAGGAGCCGAGCUAAGCGAUGCCCGCCGAGCGCUGCCGCUGCAGAAGAGGAGGAAGGAGCGACGAGCAGCUCUUCUCGGCCGUACUCCAGCGCCGCUGCUGACUGACCUCGCGCUCGGAUAUAUCGGCACUACACGUGGAGGAGAGACGAGUGCGCGUGUGAUGCGUGUGUGAGUGCGUGCUAUGAAGAGGAAGUAGAGAGAAGAGCAGCAAAGUGCGCGCGGAUAGAAGCUAACCUCAAAAGUGGAGUCGCUCAGCAGCAGUAGCAGCAGCAGCGGCAAUGGCUUGCGGAUCGAGCUCGGCGCCGAGGGACGCGCAGGACUCGCCGGAGAGUCUGGCCUGUGAGGUCGACCGCCGCAAAAUCUAAGCCCCGCGCUCUCUCCCUCUUGGUCUAUAGCCGUGUACGGGGAGCUCGAUGUGCAGCAGCGAGGAGGCAGCACUACUACUACUACUAGCGGUAGGCAGUCGAUCGUCCGGAAGACGAAUCAGCAGUGAUGAAGCAACGCAGCACCGUUGUAUCGGCAGCAGCAGCAGUAGCGGCAGCAGGAGUAGCUCAGGUGCAGUCACGUAGCAACAGCGCCGCGCCCGGCUGCGACGAGCAGCAGCAGCAGCAGUCGCUCAUCAUCAAGCAGCAGUUCGAGAACAAUGCCAGCGGCAACAAUCUACUACAACCCGACGAAGGAAGCAAGCAGGCGCCGGUCAAGUCACCGGCGAUGUCGCGCCUGCUAGCCGUCGACUCGGAGAAUUACAUGCUCCGCAAGGGCACCAGCAGUGAUCAGCAGCAGCAGCAGCAGCAGCAGCAGCACCAGCAGCAGCAUCGCAGCACCGCCGCCGCAGCAGCAGCAGCUGCCGCUGGUGGUAUAUCUAUAGUUCAGCUGGCGACGAGCGCAGCACCCAACGCGCAAUCGCAGCAGCAGCAGCCGAGCAAUGGGCACCUCAGGCGCCAACAGCUCGUCUACAACGGGCAGAGGUCGUCUCAGCCCGUCAAACCUCAGCAGCUCAGCAACGGCUGCGCCAACUCCACCGCCGCCGACGAGGAUGCGGUUAUCAAGAAGAAGAGCGGAGCCAGGAGCUGCGCCAGGCUGGCCUCGUUUCACCGGCUCCUGUGCUGGUGCGACCUCGACAACGAGGAGCGGACGUCGUUGCUGGUCAACGGCAGCGGCGGCAGCAACAAUAACAACAACAACAACAACAACAACUACAGCCACAAUUCGGAAGGGAAGAGCAAAAAAGUGCCGGUCGAACAGAAACGCGCGCAGGAUAGGUUAGCCGACGAGGAGGACGCUCGCGAUAUUCACGACGUUAUAAAGAGUACUGAGGAUAGGAAUGAUAACAGGGAUGUCGUUGACGGUUUGCCCGCCGGUGGCGAGUCCUCCCCAUUCUUCCAUAAUACAACAUCCUCCGAGCGGUGUUGCUGUAUGUGUGGUUCCGUUUGUCCCGCAGAGUGUCACGCGUGCUUCCACAACGCCUGCGCCGAGCGGGCCGCCCAGCGCCCCUGCCAAUGGAGCAGGAAGGGUCACGCGCUACCUGGACAAGUCUACGAUACCGAGAAGCCCGUGAGUGAGUGGACAUCGCUGAACGUCGUCGAGUGGAUGGCGGCGUUAAACCUCUACCGAUAUGCCGACGUUUUCAAGUCGAAGGACAUCAAGGGCAGCGAUCUGCUUAACUUGGACCGCGAGAAGCUGAUGAACAUGGGCAUAAAGGAUGAGUUCCACCAGAAGAACAUACUCGUGUGCAUCGAGGAGCUGUGCCAGCCGUCGACGUCGCCACCAACGUUACCCGGUUCAGAGGCACCGUCUGCGCCUCCGUCCGAGCAUCAGCAGCAGCAGCAGACAACGGCUACGUCCCAACAGCACAACCUGGUGCCGCACAGCUUCAGCGUUCUCGAGAAGUGCGACAAGUGCCAUAAGUACCUCAGGGGCCUCCUGCACCAGGGCUUUCUCUGUCAAGAUUGCGGACUGGUCGCGCACAGAACUUGCUCGGCGACGGGCCUGCCGAUGCCCUGUGCACCAUCGGACUCGCGAGUCAACAGAUUUACUUCAGUGUUCGGUCUAGCGCUGUGCUCGCAAUUCGAUGCGACGACGCGCAGUGCGCCGCUUCUCGUCGAGAAAUGCACUCGCGCCCUGGAGGAGCGCGUCGCGACCGAUCCGAACCUCGACCUCUACAAGAUUUACCACAGCAGUCCACCGAAUGAGCAGACUCUCGAGCUCAGACAGCAGCUCAACGAAGAUGUGCGAAGCAUCGACUUAAAUCUCUACACGCCACAAUGCAUAGCGAGCGUGCUGAAAAAAUUCCUCCGAGAGCUGCCCGAUCCGGUGAUCCCGGUCCAGUGGUACGACAAGUUUCUGGAAGCUUCAAGUUCGGGUGACGAGCAGUGCGCGUCGCGGCUUAGCCAGAUGGUCGCCGAGCUGCCCCAACACCACCGAAGCACGCUGCGCCACCUGAUGGGUCACUUCUGCCGUAUCUGUCGUCUGCAACACGCGCGAGGCUACACGGAACCGCCGACCGUACUCGUCCAGGUCCUCUGCCAUCUAUUUCUCAGACCGCCCUGGGAGCACAUUAUCCAAGUGGUCCACAACAUCGAGGCGCACAUACGCAUAAUGGAACUGCUACUGCUGCAGUGCGACUGGGGAGAGCGUCUACCUGAGUUUGCGAGCGCGCCUCUGCUGCCGCCGCGCAAGGUAUCGAGGCCUCAGUUCCCUGUCAUUGAUCCUGCCACCGCGUUCGCUGGUCUCGAAGAUGAGGUUAACCGCGAGCGACAAAUCCUCGAGUGUCAGAGCAAAGAGCAGCAGUCGCAAGCAUUGAGGCCACGCACGCUCCAGGAGGCUGAAUGGUACUGGGGCGAUAUUACUCGCGACGAAGUCAACGAGAAGAUGAUCGAUACGCCGGACGGCACCUUCCUCGUGCGCAACGCCUCCUCUAAAGGUGGUGAAUACACUCUCACUUUACGUAAAGGCGGCGCAAACAAGCUCAUAAAGAUCUGCCACCGGGCUGGGAAGUACGGAUUUUCCGAGCCCUACAACUUUAACUCGGUUAUCGAUCUCGUCGACCACUAUCGCAACUGCUCGCUCGCCCAGUACAACGCCACCCUCGACAUCAAGCUGCUCUAUCCGGUCUCACGAUUCCAGCAGGAUGACGAGAUUGCGAGCACCACAGACAUGGCCAAAGUGAUCGCUAAGUACAUCGAGCUUGACAAGGAUGUGACGGAGACGAUGAAACAGUACCAGGAAUGCUCCGACAUCUACAGCCGCACGACCUAUGAGGUCCAGCUCAAGCGACAGGCCCUCGAGGCCUUUUCCGAGGCUAUCAAGAUGUUUGAAGACCAGAUGAAGCUGCAGGAAAAGUUCCAGAAGGAGGCGCAGCCACACGAAAUUGCAAAUCUUUCAGAUAACGCAGAGCUGUUAAAGCGUCGACUCAAAUCUCUGGAAGAGAGCAAGGAUCAGGUAGACGAUAGUCUCAAGCAGCAGAUCGCGCACAACAGGAGUCUUGAGAGGGACAUGAACAAACUGAAAGUCGAAAUAUUCCAGCUCGUCCGCAACAAGGAAAAGCACAUGGCCUGGUUGAAGAAAAACGGCAUGAAUCAGGCGAGGAUUUAUCAACUGUCGCAAAAUCUCAUAUCGAUCAAUCGCGGCGUGAACGUCGAUCUUCAGGAAUUUGACGGCGAAGUGCACAGCGACGAAAAGACCUGGCUCUAUCUCGACGGUUCACGUUCAGAUGCUGAUAGAAUCCUUAAGGAUAGGCCCGAAGGCACCUUCCUCGUAAGAAGGUCUACGAUCGGACAAUACGCCUUGUCAAUCAUGUGCCAAGGAACAGUGAAUCACUGCAUAAUCUACGCGACGGAGCGGGGUUUCGGCUUCGCCGAGCCGUAUAAUAUCCACGAGUCACUGCGUCAUCUUGUGCUCCACUAUGCUCAGAACUCGCUCGAGGAGCACAACGAGUGCUUGACGACGACUCUCGCAUACCCUUGCUUCGCGUCGCCAGCUGCCUUAGCCAAACUUCAAGCCCAGCGCCUAAUGAUGCAACAGUCCAACGCCGCGUCGCAGCAGAUCCACCAGCAACAACAGCAUUACCAAGCAGCGCAGCAACUCUUCGCUUCCAGCGCUGGACCUGUGCAUCAGACCUAAAUAUUCAUCGGACAGAGAAGAGCGAGAGCGAAUCAGCUAUUACACGCUGAGUCUUGUAACUUUCAUUUCUCUUUAUUUGACCGUGCAUCUUAUCAGCGAGCGGUUGCCACGGCAACUUGCGAUUUUUCGUGGUCCGCGAUUGAGUCCGUGCUUUUGUGGUUCCAAUGGGCUGCGUCUUGGUGCCAUAAUAAUCUUUGAGAAACUGUGAAACGUAGAGGCAUUUUUUACGAUUCGAGAAAAGUUAGGAUUCAAAGGAGCGUGGGAAUGAUUGUCGCAAACUUUUUUGAAUAUCAAUCUUUGGAAAAGUUUCCGCGGGACUGGAAUUAACAAGCGUGAUUCAGGUGUGACCCAUUUGAACCACGGAGUACGUAAAGAAUUUAUCAUCGAUUUGACCCUAUUCUUUUCUUUUACAAAUUUCACGAGUUGUCGAAAGUUCGUCUGAGUUUAACAUUGCUUUACUCAAUUAUUGGAAAAUUAUUUGUGAUAGAACAACGUUACGUUGAACCGUAUUGUUUUCUAUGAAAUAGGAGAGAAUACGAUCAGUCAGAUAAAUGAAAUUCGUACGAAACUUCGAAUAAGAUCUUGGAGACAUUGUAAAAGACAAAUAUUGCCGAUCGAGCAUCGUAUUCCACCGAUUUUUGAAAGCGAGUAAACAAAUUCGUAAACUUCCUGCAGCGAGACAGGUGAAACAAAGAUGACAAACAAGUUGUCUCUAUCUUCUUUGCGAGUGCGUGGUGCACUCUUGUAAUGUAUAUUUUUCGUUCGUUCGUUUUUUUUUCUUUUGUCGACGUUGGUCGAGCCGACCGAGAGUGAAUGCGAGUCAAGCGAGACAGAAAGAGAGACGUGACGUCGUCGAGGUGAUAUUAACUUUUCUAUAGGCGAGCCGAGCAGAAGAACGCGCGAGCUCUAGUGAUAUAUAUGUGCGUACGCGAGAGUAUGCGUCGAAAAAAUUAAACAAAUACAUAGAAUAUAUAUGAAAAACGCGCGUCGGGUACGCGCGAGAGGCUACCGUCAGACGGUACGUACACAAACACAUAAACACAAUCGUGCGCGACGAAGACUAUAACGCGAGACGAAAAAUGGAAGAGUUGGUACCCCGUCGCUACAAACGGAUGCUUUUCCGUUCGAUUCGCCUCUCCCUGAUAUUGUCGAUGUGCCUGCGUUUGCACGCUCACGCGCAACAAAAGUAAACGAGACGUGUCAAACUCAAGACUUCUUCCCCACGAGAUACAACGAAAUACAUAGAAUUAUAUCUCGGAUGACGGAGGAAGUCGAGAAACGUCGUAAGGGACGGGGCGAAGGACGAAGCUGACGAGCAAGAUGGAGAGAAAGUCAUGAGUGAAGAGACAGAGGAAGGAGAAUUUUUUAUACGUAGAAUGUAAGUGCUUCCGUGCCAGGGUACGAAGAAGAUUAUAAUAGAGAUAUGCGGAGGAAAGGAGGAUUUUUUUUAGAAAUAAUUAUCUGUGAUUUACGAAUAUCCGCUGCGCGACGACGACGAUAACGAAGACGAAUACAAGGAUCGAGAGCCAAGAGCUUGCGCGCGCAACGGAUAACGGAUGGAUCGUUCGUUCGUUGAAACAAGAAGGGAGAACAUAAAGUUUUAUGCAUUUAAGAAGUUAAUUAAAAGAAAAAAAAGAUGAAUUAAUGAAGAACGAGGCGAGAUGAAAUAAUGAUGAAACAAAACUAUUGUGAUCGGAGGGCGGAUGGAGAGACAAAAAUCCAGCAGUGGAGAGAAGACGAUAUGGAUGUCGAUGAAGAAGAGUGAUGCUAAAAUGCAACGUUCGACCGGGCGAGUAGCGGGUCUGUCCUCGGUUAUGUCGAGCGAGAUCUCCGCGGGCCCUCCAUUAAAACAGGAAAGAAUAAGAAUUAAGAAAGAUUAAAAAUACAAAAAAAAAAAUAUGAUGAUAAAAGAAAAUGAAUUAAUUCACAUUAAUCGAUUAUAUUAUAUAUACGGAGUUUAAAGCGUGGAGAGUUUCUUGUUUUUCUUUUGUACGCGCGCGAAUGAGACGAUGCAAGACAGAUUAAUAGAGCGAAAAUGGAAAACAAAAAAUGAAGAAAGAAUGCAAAGCGAGUAGAAAUGCGGAUAUGAAGAUUUUGAAGAAUACUAUAUAUAAGUGGCUAAAGGAUAAUCCCGGUCCGCGGCGGCAAGAGAUCAGCUCUAGCUUCGCGGCCGUCCUGAGCCUCCCAACAUACAUUACAUAUAUAUAAAUAUAUAUAUAUAUAUAUACAUAAAUAUUAUAUUUAAAUAUCGUGCUGACGCGUAGGUUAUCACGUAAACUGCGUAGAGGGGAAACGAAAAAAUGUCCUUUUUGUUUUUUCCUACGAGACGACAGAAAGAGCGAGAAAUAGAGAGCGUUGUUACGACAGCCGGGGCUCCAUGGAAGUUUCGACGCCGGGCACUGCGGCUCGUCUGCCGAAAAAUCAAUGGGGCGCCUUCGAUAUCCUUCUUUCCAACUGAUUCUUCGUAUCGUGUGUGUCUAAAAUAAUGUCCAGCAGCAGCCAGGAAACUGAAGUCGCUCGACGACGCGAAUUACGGUCCACGAAAAUUGUGAAAAAAACAAAUGUGCUCCGCGCUAUCGUGUAGGAAAAUCACGGAGAUCGACGGGCAAGUCGUCGCGAACUCGUUACCUCCUCGCGCGCUCGCUCUUCCGACAGCACCGGCUCCUCGAGCUAAUACGUAUAAUUAUAUAGCAAUCGACAGACAUCGAAUCGCGUGACACCACUUGAGCUUGUACUAGGAAAGAAUCAAAUUGACGUCCAUUAUGUAAGACGCGAGUCAGCAUCCCGAUGAGCGAGCACGCGAGGAACUUGCACUUGGCGACGACUUUUCCAGUGUGCGAUCUAGGAGAUGGUCGCGAGCCGCGGUCCUUGUUUUCGCUCGGCGGACCCGAGCGCCAAAUCUCGCGCUUAUAGAGCGGUCGAUAAGUUCGAGAGAGUAGCGCACGGGCCUACCGUCGUAGUUGCAAAACUACCGCGGCGGCGACGAUCUCGCGAUAUUAUUCAAGAUCGACGGCAGCACUCGGAGCGCGAUAAUCGUCUUGAUCCUUCUUUCCAUUCACGCCCCUAAAAACUCACCUAAAAACUGAUAUAUAAAUUCAGCGUCGUCAUAUAUGUACAUAGUACCCAUAUAUAAUUAACUCGGCUGUAUGUGUGUUUCUCUAUCUACUACGGUCCCUGUAAUCCGAAGAUUGAACGAAUAAUUAUAUAUUCCGAUUCACGUGACAUAUAUGAUUUUAGUGCAUGAGAAAUUUAUAUAUGCGUUUUUCUCCUAACCCACACUUUCCCCUACAGCCGCCCUCUCCCACCUAUGAGCUCGGUCGUUCCGCGCGUCGGCGCUCGAGUUGAUCGGGAGUGAUUGCGGUCCGCUGUCGAUCAAAUUGAGUCCGCGAGCGAGAGCGGUCGGGCGACACCUAUGCAUGUAACUCUAAUAAAUAUGUGUGUAUCGCGCAAACAAGAGUAGAAAGAGCGCAAUGUAACAGGCCGUCGAGCGACGAAUGCGGAAAAAAUUCGUAACAUUGAUGGAAGAAAAAUGAAAAAAAAUCAAGUAAUAAGAUGUAUAAGCGGAAAAGGCGAAAAUUGACAAAAAAAUCAAGUUAAUACAAAAGUUAAAAGCUAAAUGACGAGGAAAAAGAAGGCGAAGCGAGCAGCAUGAGUGCGGCGUAGGCGAAGAAGGCAUGGAAAAACAAAAGAUGUUCCCGUCGUACUACUUCGAAUUACGUAGGCUUAUAAAUAGUUAGAUUUAGACUUUUUUAUAUCGAGAUGAAAAAAAAAAACAUGAAGAUGCAGAAGGAUUGAGAAGGACAGCCGUGAACAAGAUUAUUGGAGAAACAAAAAAAAGUGCUUCGAAGUGACGUGAGCGUGAGAUAGGAAUAAAAAAACGAUGAACUAAAACAAAUAAAUGUGAGAGAAGGAGUUGGUGAUUUCAAAAUAAAAAAUGAUAAAAAACACACACACACACACAAACACACGUAAUAGUAUGCAUGUGGAUAAAACGACGACGUGUACCGGAGUCUAUGCGUCGAUUCGCGAGAGUCGCUCCUGUCGGAGGUGCGACUCGCAUUGAGAGUAUCAGAGAAAGAGAGAACCCGACGAACACAUUAUAAUACGCGCGGCGACAAGAAGAAACAGGGAAAAGCAGCGAUGCGGAUCCGGUCGCGAUGGAUCGGAACGGCUCUCGCGUGUUUCCUUUUUUCUUCUUUCGAGCCGACGAUAGAGAGAUUGAUGGGUGGUCCACGAAAUUUCUUGCGAACUUUGCGAAAAAUGAAAAAGGAAAAAAUACGGAGGCAAAAAGAGGAGAGGCGAAUAUCUCUCCUCGAUCCGAGCAAUUGUGAAGUUGAUCUCAACGCGUUAGGAGGGGAAAAAUAUGUUGUUUGAGCAAGCGACGAUUAAUUAUAUGCAGAAAACACGAUGUAUUGUAGCCGUCUUCUAUCGAUGUGGAGCGAACAAAUAACAAAAAAUGCUAAAAAUUGUAGAAAAAGAAAGAGUCGCUGGAGUCGACUUGGGAAAGCUCUUCGGGCGUUCUCGCCGCAUCGGGAAUAAUAAUAAUAAUAAUAAUUAUAAUAUAAUAAUAAUAAUAAUAAAUAAUAAAUAAUGAAUAAUAAUAUCGAUAACGAUAAAUAAUAAUAAUUUAAAACUCAUUAAGGAUUGUUUAAAAGUGAGAUUUUUAAAUGUGACGUUUUUUAACGAUGCGUUAUUAUAUACACAGUAUAUAUGUAUGAGCAUAUAUAUAUAUAUAUAUAUAUCUAUAUUUGCCGAAGACACCUUUCCCAAAUUGGCUCCCUCGCGGUGCUCUGCCGUCAAAUCAUCGAAAUUCUAUCACGGAGACCAUAUAUUAUAUACAAACUAUAUCUACAUGUAUGCAACAAUAAAGAAAAAAAUUGAUGGAAAUAAGCACUCGAAACAAUAAAGCGAAUAUGGAGAACCGAGAAAUUUCGAGGAGUAGUUUGGCGAGAGUGAGAUCCGAAGCGUGUGCGUGUGUGAGAGAGAAAGGUAAAUAACAAUAAAAUAGCAACAAAAAAAAAAUGAGAGAAAGAUGUGCGGAGUAAAGCGAUCGAUAGUGAAAAAAAGUGAGUGGAAGCAAAAAAUAUAUUAUAUAUACAAACAUCUAUAUAUUUUUACUUACUUUCGAAGCAACCUUAAUCAUUAUUUAUAAUAUAUAUACAUGCAUAUAAAUAUAUAUGGAAGAAACAAAUUUUAUUAUAUAUAAAUGAAAGAUAUUUUAGUUCAAUACUCUCGCCGAGCGACGCGUGCUCAAUUCUUUGCGUUCGUCUUCUUUGUGUACCUCUUUACUUCUUUUCCUGACUUGUAUCUCCUUCUUUUCAAAUCAAUUUUCUCUCUCUUCUUUUCUUCGGUCGGCGAGGAAAUUCGCUCCGCGACGGCGCGCCCCGCCAAAAAUCAAUUGUUCGUCGGAAGGCUAAUGAAAUUGUAAAAAUCAACUCUGCGAGCCAGUCUGCGUAAUCGAUUGUAAGCGCGCAGGGAGGCGAAAAUGAAUUUUCGCGUAACGCGUACAAGACAGCUGUGUACGAUUUUACAAUAACUGCGUAUCCCGAUGGAAACGGGCGCGACGUCGCGGACAGACGUGUUGACACCCGCUAUAUAUAUAUAUAUAUAUAUAUAUAUACGUAUAAGUUACUAAAUUAGUAAUUUUUAGCGGCCUGUCUGAAAGGCGUCCGGCGCGUGCGAGAGAGCGUCUGUGUAGAUGUUUUUGUUCAGAGCGAAAGGCUGCAGAGUGCGAGUGCGAGAGCGAGAGAAGGGCGAAAGACGGAAAGAAAAGGAGAGAAUCGAGAAGCGGAGAGGGUGGACUCUUCGGUUUUCUCUCGCGCGUCUCGUCGUCUCCUUUACUUUUUUGAUGUAAGCGACGCUUCGCUGGUCGAUCCAACGACGCUUGCGAGAUGAUAUAUUAUCUAUAUUAUACAAUUUUUUUUCGUUUUUUUUCUUUUUUGUAAUAAAACGAGGAAACCCAGUUUUGAAAGAAGCACGAACACACACACACACACACACGUUUUUAUUGGUGCAAUCUUUUUGCAUUGUAUGUAAACCCGACGUGUUGCGGCUGGGCGACGUCGCGAGGCUCUCGAGAGAUAGCUCCAAGACUUAGCCCGGUCGCAAUUUAUACGCAAUUCAGUGAAUAAAAACAAAAUUUCUGCUUUUUAA